ACAUAGUCAAAGAAUAAAAAUACUUGUGUUACUUACCACUGACAUACAUAGAUAUAAUCCGUCCUGGACAUGACACAAUCCUUCCCUUGUUUGGCCAAUUAACUUUAUACGUUACAAAAGGAUCUUUUAAAUUUACAUCCCCUACCACCCAUGAUAUUUCGCCUAUGUCCACAGCCCCUUCAUCCGGAAAGUCAAAUAGUGCAUAUUUUGCCAUUUUCUUUAUUUUUCCGUAGCAAACUCACGACUAAAACUCACGACUCGACUGUCAAAUAUUCUCACGCGCUGCGAAUGCGUAGCAUAUGUUUACAACCGCAUUCGCGGCGCGUGAGACGCUCGCGGGUUUACAGUUGUCUUUUUCAGUUGUUCAGUUGUUGUUUUCAGUUUACAUUUGAUUGCAUUGACAGUCGUCUAACUGCAAAAUGUCACGAAAUUAUAAACGAUAUUUGUCCGAUUUUUCUAUACCUGUGCCAAAAACUACAAGAUGGUACAGAAGUCAAUUGAGAACAGAGGAACGGCCAGCAAGAUCGACCGAGGAGGUAAGAAAAACUGGAAUAAGAGCGCCUCCUUGCGACACUUUGUCGAAGUAAUUCCCUACAGCUAGGCUAACCUCUAUUUGUCCACUUGGCUUCCAGAUUGAUUCAAGGCCUUCAUUUGAAGCUGAAUUCUCUGAUGACGGAGACCUUGAUGAUCAAAUGAAUACACUGUCUAUGAUCGACUCUUCAGAUAAAGCUGAAUUCCCCUGUGAUGAUCCACCAGACCAUGUUGAGCAACCCGACUUGACACCAGAGGAUGGAACAAAUGAAACAGAAUCCGCUGAAAUGGAUGACGAUGAGCAGUGUUUCCCAUCUCUUUGCACAGAACAUCUUCAACGAUCCUGAAAUCCAAGAGCAACCCAUCUACUCUGGUGCAUCAAUUAACCGUGGACAGCUACUGUGCCUCAUUCUAGCCUUCAUCUUGAAGCACAGCAUUAGUGGCAGUGGAUUAAAAGAUUUGUUGGAUCUUUUAAAUAUUGUAGCACCUGGAUGUUCCCACAAGUAAAUACUACUUUGACAAAUCCUUCUUUAAUUUGGCAAAACAAUUCGAAAUUCAUCAUUACUGUAAAAUUUGCUCGCAAUAUAUAGGUAAGUUGUUUACCCCUUGCUGCAGUGACGGAAAUGUUGAUGAAAGAGUAAACAAAAAUGAAGGGUAUUAUUUUCUCGUAAUGCCCUUACGGCAACAACUGAAGGAGCUCUUCCAAAACACUACUUUCUACAAGUUCUUAAACAACAACAAAACAAAUAUGGGCAUGGGGGACAUUUACAGUGGAAGUAUGUACACCUCAAAACUUAAAACCUUUGUCGAUACCCUUGACAACAUUUCACUUAAAUUUAAUAUUGAUGGGGCUUCAGUUUUUAAAUCAUCCAAUUACUCAAUUUGGCCAAUUAUCUGCACAGUCAAUGAACUUCCAUCUACUAUCCGUGGAAAGUAUGCUCUCCUACAUUCCCUUUGGUUUAGUUCUAAACCCGAAAUGCCAACACUGUUAAGGCCAUUUGUCAAGGAAUUACAAGAGCUAUUCACAGAAGGGUUUUCUUGGCAUGACAACACUGGUCAUAAACACACCACAAAAGUUGCCCCAGGUGUCUGCAUAUGUGAUGCGCCAGCCCGUGCCAUGGUACAGGACAUGAAACAAUUUAACGGCAGAUAUGGGUGGGGGUUUUGUCUGCCUAUGGGAGAAAUAGAACCAAAGGGAAAAGGGUUUACACAUGUAUAUCCUCACUCUACUGAGUAUCCUCAACUAAGAACACAUGAUCAGACUACCCAUCAGGCAUCUGCUGCAAUACAAUCAGACACAGAUGUUAAUGGGGUUAAGGGACCUAGUCAACUGCUGCUACCUCCUAAUUUCGACAUUAUCAAACAUUUUGUCCCAGAAUAUAUGCAUAGUGUUUGCCUUGGUGUAACAAAACAAUUUGUCAGUAUUUGGUGUGAUUCAAAAAACUCUGCUUUGCCAUUCUAUUUACAACCGAAAAUAAUCCAACAGAUUGACAGUUCUCUCCUCACCAUACACCCACCACAUGAAGUCAAAAGAUGUCCAAGGUCAUUGUCCGAGAGACACUAUUGGAAGGCAUCUGAAUGGAGGGCAUUUCUUUUCUUUUAUUCCCCCAUUCUUUUGAACAGUUUUACCCCCGGUUUAUUAUAAUCACUGGCUAUUACUUGUCUUCUCCAUCUACACACUCCUCCAGGAUCAUAUCCAAAAAGCUGAUAUUUUGCAUGCUUCCUCUUGUCUUAAGCGUUUUGUUGUCGAGGUACAAGAGCUUUAUGGAAAAUGUUAUGUAUCUUAUAAUGUUCACUGCUUAACCCAUCUUAGCAACGCAGUUGACAUGUGGGGUCCGCUGUGGGCCAACUCUUCAUUUGUUUAUGAAGACACAAUUGGCACUCUUCUUGAAAUGUUCAAUGGUACACAGGCAGUCCCUGAACAAAUUUUAAGAGAUUUUUUAACACAAAAACACUAAUGCACCACACUGAAUUAUUCAACAAUGCCAGUGAUGAUGUCUGUGAUCUUUUCAACAAACUUGUUAACAAAGACAAUGCAGUGUUAAAAUCAUACAAAGUAGGUAGUGGUGCUCGGGUUGUCGGGAAUUACACAAUAAGAGUAAUUACAGUGGGGGAGUCCAUUCUCUUUGGAAAUUAUAUAGAGGCCAGUGUCAAAGAAUUCAAGAGAUGUUUCAUCCACCACACUUUAUACACCACUGAAAUGUAUGCAGCAAAUUUUAAACGCAAUAAUUCUUGUGUGGCUCUAAAAAAGGGGAGCAUGGUAGCAUUAAAUCCAUACUACUUUGUAAGCUCAAUUGUGGUUGCUUAUCAGCAUGCAAGUGUGAAGAGGUGUACCUACACAUUUUUUGAUUAAAAAAGGAUUCCAGACAAUUAAGAAUCUAUGAUGAUUUUGCUAAGGUGAAUACUGCUAAGCAAAUUGUGAAGUUCAGAAAGACCCAUGAAAUACUUCUUUGCAAACCUAAUGAUAUUUUGUGCAAAUGCUUUUGCUACGUACACGAUGAGUCAAUUAUUCUUAUCAAGAGGCCUGUAUUAGAAAAUGUUUAAAGUUAGUAAGGCUUCAUUUGUACUCACUUUCAUUUUUAUUAUAUUCUGGCUCUUGUAGCCUAUGCAUGUUGUGCAUUAUGUUUUAUAUUUAUGUGUGGUUUAUGUUUCUACAAUAAAAUCUUCACAUAAUACAAAUAUUUGGCUUAUGUUUCACAUAUUCAUUUUAGGACAAAUUACAGAAUAAUGAAAAUAUAUAUUAAAAAAAGUAUAUUAUA